AUGACGGCAGUCGCCUUCGAUUCUGUCCACGCCCACGGAUACGUGUCCAAGCCAGCUGCUCAAUUUAUCGAUCCUGCUUCAUCGACCACGUACGUUAAGACCAUUACAGCCGACGUCAACAGUGCCUUUAAUGGUCUCAAGUGGGACGAUAGUCCAGUAGCAAACGCUGCCACUUUUACCUCGUCGUUUGCCAAUGCGGGCUAUGCUUCAUUGAGAGAUAUGCUCGACCAGCAAGUUUCGGAUUGCGCCAACACUCGCACGGACGUUUCUCCAGUCGAUGUGUCCGGCCUCACUGUCAUGAACUGGCAAAACGAUGAGGAGCAUAAAGGAUUCAUUGACUCGCACCAUGGCCCGUGUGAAGUCUGGAUUGACGACAUUAUGGUCGACCGACAGGAAGACUGUGUUGCGACGUACGGCUCUGGAUAUCCUGCCAGCAUAAAUGUAGACUUCUCCCGAUGCUCAGGCGCAUGCACCCUUCGUUUCUACUGGCUUGCGCUUCAUGAGAUCAACUGGCAGGUCUACAAGCAGUGCGUGCCGAUUUCAAACAACUCAGGGGGCGCAGUCGCAAUCGCAGCGAUGGGCAUUGAGAGUCAAUACGGAUGUCAGAAUCGUACCCUUCGUGCUGUAGAUGAUCCUCCUACGCAUUUGGCUAACGGUGCAAAGAUCGAGUGGACUGACAGCCGCUUUCUUCGCGAGUUCGACGAGUUCGCCACCAAUUACCAGAUGAGAAACUAA